AGUGCUUUGCAGUAUGACGGGCCGUUUGGUGGCCCCACAACCAUGUGAGAGUGUCGAGUGACCAUGAAGCAGGGCCGGCAGAGAGCUCCUCUAUGGGGGGCCCUCCUGCUCGUGCUUAUCCUUUGGGCCCGCUCCUGUGUUCCGCUCUAUGCUCAAGAAUCAGACGAGGAUAAUAAUAAAAAAUUUGGAGACAAAUGUAGGGACACUAAAGAGUGUGCUUUCGAAGGAGCCGUAUGUGAUGACAUUACCUUUAAAUGUCUUUGUAGACCAGAUUUGCCAGUAACCAAUCACAUCGAUAAAUGUGGAACACCUGCACGUGUAAACGAAAGUUGUUUUUUCAACGAACAAUGUGAAACCACCAACUUCCAAACAGAAUGCAAAGAGGGAGUAUGUACCUGUCGCUACGACAAACUGGCUGUAAUGAAGCCAGAUGGAAAAAUCGAAUGCGAAGUGGUGCAAACAAAAUACUCUCCAGAAAAAUAUAUCGACCCUGCGAUGAUCGGAAUUUUAGUUGCUAUGUUUCUUAUGUUCAUCACGAUCUGUGUGGUUCUAAGAUUAUUUAGCAAGGCAAGAUGGCGUGAAAACAGAACAAUAUUCAAUACUCCGAACCCACGCUUGAUGAAUGUAUCUCUUCUUAAAGAAAACAAACACCUCCACGAAAGGAGGGGAUCCCGUAACAGCAGAGGACCGAGCAGACAACCUAGCAUUGCUUCUUUGAGAGCUCAUUCUCCAAAUUCACAAGGGCGUUUAUUUCUAGGAUCACGUCGAGGAUCAAGAGGUAGCAGCAAUGUUUCAGCAGCAUCUACCAAGUCCAACAAGAGUCCCCCUCAAGCUCUCAAUUUAAAUUCGGCGACUACACCCAUGUUAGAGAGUGUCACAGUCGAAAUACAAGAACCCAAAGCUUAACGGCGCGGCUUUCGCGAAAUAUAAUUUAAUAUUAAGAUUAUAUAAGUUAAUUCCAAGAAAAAUGACUUCUAUUUUUGAAGUAGUUUGAGGUAACUGAAUUAAAGAAUGCAUUAGAGUUGGUUAUUUUCGGUUAUCUCAAACUCUAAAAUAUAACAAUUAAGUUUUCUUGGGGUUCUUACGAAAUAGAAUAUAGAGUACAUUUUCAGAUUCUAUAUGUAUAAAAUUUAUUUAUUACUUCGGUAGUAACGAGUGAUGUUAGGGACCAGAAGGUAACCAAUUUGCCCAGUCAUCACAUUCUUUGAAUCAAAACUAUUUUCUGUAACAUAACUGUAAAAAUUCUCCACUCAUUCUUCAUUCCAAAUUCGCAAUAAUAUAAUCGUACAAAAUUAUACUGUAGUAAUCAUCUUGUUUAUUAGUGUAUCGAGAAGCACAAUUUGAAUUAGCGGCACCAAGCUUAGUUAUAAGAAAUAAAAUGAUAUUUACUCCGCUUCACUUAAUUUUAUUAAAAUAAAAAUUAAGUUUGGUGGUAACAAAAAUACUGGGAAUAUUUUGUGAUACUACCAAAUCAAAAGCUGUGAUUGUAUGUCGGUAGCUUGUAGAAACAGUCGAGGCUCUUUUUUCGAAACUGACACCCCAACGGCAUUUUGUAUAAAUUUUCAAACAUUAAAUAUACACCAUUAAUUCGAAUUCACUGCUACAAAAUAUAGAAGAUGAAAUGUUGCUUGAUGUUUGUCUUUACACACGUAUAUUUAGCAAAUAAUAUCACUAAUGAAAAACACUUUAUUGGUAUAGAGUUUUAACAAAAGAAAUCGGUUCACAAAUACUUAGGGCUGCUUGACAUGAUGCAAUACAACGUGCAAUGCAACGCAAGACGCAAAAUUUAUUGAUAAAAAGCAUGCGCACAAGAAGUUCAGCUGAUUGUUACAUGCAAGAUCUCGCACUUGCUUCAUCAUCGGUUCUAUGCCAUUUUUAUUGCGUGCAAGCUGCAAUCUAUUUACUUUUGGCUUAACAAUUAACCUAUCCAUCAGGCUCCAAAACCACUGACCGUUUUUUCACUUCGUUACUUACUUACCUAGUUUUGUUAUCAUCAUUGUUAAACAAAUCUAGGUGAAGUAAACAAUAAAAAAGUGGCUAAUGCAUCACUGACAAUAAUUAUAUCUGCUGCUGCAUUACGAGUCAGAUGGAUAGAAAAAAGUACCCAGGCGAUGGUGGACCUGGCCCUGGCUAGAUAAAACGAGAGGAAAAUAGACGAGAAAAUAUAAAAAACAUUGUUGAAAAUGAAACAUAAUAUUACUAAGAUCAGAAACUCAUUUGUGUCUAGAAUUGCAGCUCACACGCAAUACAAAUGACACUAAACGGAUAAUAUUCUAAGUGUGACAUCUUGCAUGAAACCAUCAGCUGAGUUUCAUCUGCGCAUGCUUUUGAUUAAGAAAUAUUGCUUCUUGCAUUGCAUUGCACGUUGUUUUGCAUCAUGUCCAACGGCCUUUACAAUAAGUGAGAAAGGAAACUUGUCUUUGGCCGCGCAACCUUCGUCGUUCUGCAUCUUAUUACCGACUAACUUCAAUCUCGCGCUGAUUGAUGGCUAUUCGAUUCGUUGGAUGGUUUUUGGUUGAAUAAGGAAAAAUUUUUAUAGGAGGAAUAUUGAAGUUGGCCCUGAUAUUGUUCCUCUGCAAAGCUGGGGUGGUGGUUGUUGCGUGAGGUUGUGCUGUCCUAGCUGAAAGGAGGAAAAGCGAUCGAUCAUUGGCCAGAAGAGGCCGACAAGAGAACUCUAAAUAAGUGAAAACGGUUCUUCUCGAUUUGGUAAUAUAUGUUGUAAGCUUUUUUUUAUUUUUUGUUGAUUUUUAAUUUAAAUGGGGGCAGGCGGAUACAGCUGCGGCUGCAUUAUUCUCUAUCGUCGGCCAUUUCGCUGGUGAACUUUUUCACCAGAUUUUAGGGAAGCUGCAAAAAACCUGCAGCACCGACGAAGCACACUUUUAAUCUACUUCAAUCUACUGCUUGAUGAUCACGAGGUUAUCGUUGCCGGCAACGUAGCAUGUGCUUUUAUAAUACUGUUUUCAUUUAUAAAUUAUGUAUAAAUAAAACAACUUUUUUUAUAUAUAUUAGAGUGAAUAAACCUUUUAUAGAUUAAGUUUUUACAUAAUCACGUUAAAAAUUGGAAGCAUAAUAAACUUAAUUACUAUAAAAUAUUAAAAUAAGUUAAAUUAUAUCUCGCGGGAUCGUCAAAACGACCAACAAUGUCAAACCAUUUUUGUUGUAGGUAUUUUAGUCGUGAUAUUUUCACAUCCUGACACAAAACACGAUUUAUAUACCAUUUUUCAGAUUAUUGAAAGUUUAAUAAUAACGUUUGUUUGAGAAUAACCGAAAGAUUAACUGUCUUAUUUAGUUUGUACCAUAUGUUCAGUGUUUAUUUUAUAGGUAAGGCGUCACGCAAUAUGACGACCUUACUGAAAUGUUUAAACUACCUACAAUUUUUUUUUAAUUUUCAAUAAUUGUUUUCUGUAUAAAUAUCCUAUUGAGGACAAAUUUUUUUUGUACUCUCAAGAAAAAAUGAUAUUAUAAUAUUCAUAUGGCAAUUGAUCUAUUAAUUCAUAUAUCAAGAUUGUAACUGUCAGGUAACAUUUAGAAUGAAACGUCAAUAAUUAUUUAUUAAUAUAGACCUGCAAUUAGAUACAUACAUUCAGUAAAUUCUAAUAUUCAAUAGUAUAAUUAAAAUAAAUGAAAAUUGGCACAUUUUAAUAGCACUGACCGUGAUUUUCACAAUAGAUUUAGAAUGUAGGCAGUGAAUUCGAAUUACAUUGCCACAAUAAUAACAAAAAUUUUCACAAAUUGUUGAAGUGAGAGUGUUUUCUAAAAAGGGUCUUCUCUAUAAAAACUGGCGUGGACAGAAAGUAUUGGGAAAACUUUGUGCCCAAAUCAGUUUACAAAAAAAUAAUGCAGUAUGCCACAUAUUUAUAAACAAGAUAUGUGUCGUUUCUGUCGGAUUUCAUUGAAAAAAAUUAACUUGUAUAUGAUUAAAAAGCAAAGCUACGUUCAUGAACAUACAAAGUACAGUUAAAAUAUCAAUUUUAGUUUUUGAAUAGCUCUCUCUCUCGUUAACUACAUUAGUUUCUUUAUUAAAAAUUAGAUAUUAGGCAUUUAGACACACAUUAUUAUCAAAAUAAAAACACGAGCUUAGCUCUGCUUACUGGUAUUACGAGUUAACUAUGUCGUAUGUUUGAUAUAGUAAAGAAAUAUUUAUACUAUAGCUUAUAUCUUUAUACUCUUGUACUGUAUACCUAUGUUUCACCUACUUGCCAAUACUUUUAAUAAAAUGCUAACAAGUUUA